AUGGACGAAUACGACUAUAUCAUUGUCGGCGCAGGCAUUGGCGGCCUGGUUCUGGCAAACCGUCUGAGCGCAGACGCCUCUGUCAAUGUCCUUCUCAUAGAAGCCGGGGCCAAUCGCAUGGGCGAUCCUCGUAUCGAAACCCCUGGCUUUUUGGGCAUGUUAUACGGAAACCCAGACUUUGACUGGGAUUACAUGAGCGUCCCUCAGCCGCAUGUCAACAACCGACAAAUCGCGCAGCCCCGCGGCCGUGUCGUCGGCGGUUCCUCGACCAUGAACUUCUCGGUCGUCAUGUACCCUCCCGCAUCGGACUUUGAGGCAUGGAAAGCGUUGGGAAACAAAGGCUGGGGCGCAGAGGAUAUGGCGCCGUACCUGCGGAAGUUUCACACGUUCUCCCCGCCCAGUAAGACCACGGCCAAACUUCUCAGUCUCGAUCGCUACAUGAAAGCCAGCAGCCAGGGGUGUGACGGUCCUGUGCCUGUUUCCCUGCCGGACGUAUAUGGGCCGUUCAACAAAGCGUGGGAUGAGACGUUUGAGAAGCUUGGUUGGCGGACGGACGCGGAUCCCAUCGCAGGACGCAAGUUGGGAGCGUUUACCGCGCCGCUGACCGUUGACGCGAAGACGGGGAAGCGCGGGUAUGCAGCGGCAUACUACUCCCCUGAGGUGGCCGCACGGCCGAACCUGCGCCUGCUGGCAGAGACCAUGGUCGAGCGGGUGCUGUUGACCAAGCAGGACGGAGACGUCGUGGCCGCCGGCGUGCAGGUCAAGAAUAAGGACGGCACGAGGGAAAUCCGCGCAAAGAAAGAAGUCAUCCUCUGCGCCGGCAGCUUGAACACCCCUCAGGUCCUCGAGCUCUCCGGCAUCGGAAACGCAGAGCUCCUACAAAAGCACGGCAUCCCCGUGCUGAUUAACAACCCCGGCGUCGGCGAGAACCUCCAAGAUCACUGCAUCAGCAGCAUCAGCUACGAGAUCGCCGACGACCAGGUCUCGGGCGACAUUCUCCGCAGCCCAGAUGUGGUGCAGGCCCUCAUCAAGCUCUAUGAGGAAACCCGCGGCGGCCCGCUGGCAGGCAUGCCGAUCAGCGUGGCCUACCUCCCCUUCGUCGACGGCCGGGGCGUAGUCCCGAGGCAAGAAGUCGAGGACCUGCUGGCCAAGCAUCUCGACAACGCCAACCUCCCAUUCAAUUUACAAGCACAAUACGCGCACCUCAGGGAAGCGAUCCUAGACAACGAGACCCCCUCCUCGCAGUACCUCUUCCUUCCCGCGCAGCUGCACAUGAAACCCGGCGCGACGAGCUUGGCUGACGUCCUGGCUAAGCCUCUGCCGGAGAACUACAUCAGCAUCAUGAUCCUGCACAACCAUCCUUUCUCGCGGGGAUCAGUGCAUAUCGCCUCCUCCAAGGCGGAGGACAAACCAAUCUACGAUCCGAAUCUCUUAUCUCACCCGCUGGACCUGGAGAUCCUGGCUCGACACACGCAAUUCUUGGACAGGAUUGUCGCCACAGAGCCGCUCAAAUCUCUUCUCAAGGAACGGCGGAUACCGGAGAACGCGAGUGACUUGAGCGAUCUGGAGCGAGCCAAGGAGGUGGUCAAGGACCGGCUGUUUACGUGCUUCCACCCUGCGGGAACCUGUGCCAUGUUACCGCGGGAGACGGGGGGUGUUGUGGAUGAUCAGCUCAAAGUGCAUGGAACUCGCAAUCUGAGGGUUGUCGACGCCAGUAUCUUUCCUCUGGAGCCGGCGGGGAAUAUCCAGGCGACGGUGUAUGCGGUUGCGGAGCGGGCGGCUGAUUUGAUCAUUAGCAGUAGCAGUAAUUAG